AUGUCUACCGUUCGGCCUCGAGCCCCCAUCAGAGACCGCCAGCCCGCUCAAAAGGAACCCACCAAGUCCCAGAAGCCGUCUUCCACUGCAACAUCUUCCGCUCCAGCCGCCAACUCCAGCAAACGAAGAAAACAAUGUUGUGCCAAUCCAGAUCCGGUCGAGGAAGACGGCCAGUUGGUGUGCGGGAACUGCGCCAAGCUAUUGGAAGAGUCCAAUGUGGUAUCAGAGGUGACAUUCGGGGAGACAUCAGGAGGAGCGGCCGUCGUCCAAGGAGCGCACGUUGGUGAAGGCCAGAGAUAUGCGAAGACUAUGGGAACUGGCCUUCGGGGGCUGGGUGGGGAGAGUAGGGGACAGGGGGAGGCCAAUGGUCUCAGUGAAAUCCGAAGGCUCGCCGCCGUCCUUUCAAUCAACGAUCCGAUCCCUACGCAAGCACAUCGCAUAUACCAGCUCGCCCUGAACGGCAACUUCACGACAGGGCGACGCCCUCGCUCUGUUGCGGCCGUCUGCCUGUACAUUGCCUGCAGGAAACAGCCGAGGAACAAGGUCCUGCUUAUGGACUUUGCCGAAAAGAUACAAGUGAACGUGUAUAAGUUGGGCGAGCUGUUCAGAGAUCUGCAGAAGUGCCUCUUCAUGCAGAAUGAGAAGAAGGCAGGAGAUGUUCCGAUCAUUGACGUCGAAGAGCUCAUCAAGAAAUACGCACGCAAGCUUGAGUUCGGCAACAUGGAAAGAGAAGUUGUCAACGACGCUGCAAGAAUCCUCAAGCGAAUGAACCGCGACUGGAUGGUCACCGGGCGGCAUCCCGCCGGCCUUUGUGGCGCCUGCAUCAUCCUGGCAGCUGGCAUGAACAACUUCCGCAGGACAGUCCGAGAGGUGGUGUACACUGUGAAAGUUGCAGACAUGACGAUCAGAAGCCGCAUUGACGAGUUCCAGCGGACGCAGAGUGCGGGGCUGACGGUCAAGCAAUUCCAGGAGUAUGGAGAGAGGUUGAAAACGAACAUUGAACCUCCGGCUGUCUAUAAGCGAAGGGAACGUGAGGAGAGGGAGAGAAAGCGCAGACGUGUCCAGGAGUUGGGGGAGGAGCCGGAAGUGGAAACCGAGCCUGAUGAGCAGGCUGCGGCUGGCGCUACAGACGCAUCUUCAGCGGCACCCCGUGAACCUCGGCGGGAUAAGGAUGGGUUUGUCAUCCCUGAGCUACCUAUUGAUCCAAGUCUCCUCGCAGCCGCAAACUCCGCCCAUUCUGAGCUGGAAGCAAGCGAGCAAACCGAGGCCCCUAGAAAGAAGAGGGGUCGGCCGCCCGGCCCGGCCAACAAGAAGCGCAAGACAGCACCCGAAGUGCCAGAGCUCACCGAAGAAGAUCUCCUUGCCGAAGCCGAGCUUGAGACGGAGAUGAACCAGAUCAUCACGAGUGAGGAUGCCGUAAACAACAUGGAAGAGGCCAAGCUGUCAAAGUACAGAGAACAGUCUGCGGCACUUGCCAACCAGUUGCGCACAGAUGCCGCUAACAUGGAGGAGACUAUCAAGACCGACGAGUUCGACGACGAUCCGGAGAUAGCAAACUGCAUACUCAGCGAGGCGGAGAAGGAAAUCAAAGAGCGCAUCUGGGUGACGCACAACGAGGACUGGCUCCGGGCCCAGCAACGAAAAAAUCUUAAAAAGCGCCUAGACGAGGCGAGUGGCAAGGACAAGAAGGCAAAGGAUAAGAAGCCCAGAGAAUUCCACCCCGCCGGUGACCCCAACAUCGUCGCGGGCGAGACUCCUCCUGAGAGUCCGGCUGAGGCUACAGAGCGCAUGCUGAAGAAGCGCGGUGCGAGGGGCUACAGCAGAUUCAUCAACUACGAACGCCUCAAAGAGAUGGAUACGACGACCAAAGAACCGGGCAAAUCGCCGCAGACCUCAACUCAGGACAGCAGAGCAGCAUCGCAGAGCCCGGCACCGAGCGUUGCGUCAGUUGCCAUUUCUGUAUCCAGUCGAGCGAGCAGCCGUCGACCCAGCUUAGCAGGCUGGCAACGAACCAGCAUGAGUCCAGCCCCGUCACAGGGGUCAUCUGCGGCGGGUGGCACACCGCGUCAGAGACUGCCCAGGCUAGCCGACUUUGCUUACAAGCGUACACCUCCCGCCUCACAGGCUACACAAGCCCAGCCAGCGCGCGCAUCCCCAUCUCCAUUCGCUGCGCAUAUCGGUCAGCUUCGCCGUCCUUCGGCUUCUCCAGCGCUGUCUCCAAGACCUCAGGCGCCGGUGUCUCCGCCUGCCACACAAGCGGUCCAGGCUACCCAACCCGCGCAACUUGCUCGGCCACCGAACUCGCAGAACGAGCCGAUUGAAAUUGAGGAAGAUCCCCCGGAAGAAGAAGAGGAGCUCUCUGACGACGAAGAAGAGGUCGACGAAGACGCUGAGAUCCAUAGGGCUCUGGGGGCUGACGAGAGUAUGUGGGGCGUGAGCCAGGGUCAAGACGAAGACGAAUUUGGAGCAAUCGCACAGAACUAUGAUGAUGAAGGAGGAGAAGAGUAUGAUUGA